CAACUCAGAUCCGGGCGGACGGCCGAGACUUCUCAAUGGACAACAACUCGCCUGGAAUUUUUUACUAAGACGCGAAGGGAAUUUAAGAAACGCUCCACCACGCGUUGCUAAUCAACCCCAACAAAAACACAUUAGACGUUUUGAGCUAUCGUAACUUUUGGGCUGCUGUUCCUCUCGUCGCUUUGUUUUCCUGGCUGAUUUCCUGUUGGAAAAAGAAAAGAAAAAAAAGGAGAAAGGGGACUUGUGUUGGAAUCCGACCACUACCCGAGGCUUUUUUUUUUUUUUUUUUUUUUUUGUGUGUGUGUAUAAUUUUGGGAUGAUCGCAGGCGCCUGCAGUGGAAAAGAAAACACUGAAAGCCAUGGGAAACAAACGCAACGCGAUUUGAAAUGAAGGAACAAAACAAAGAACCCUUCCGUUGCAUUGAAGGCGAAGAAGAAAUGGAGGAUGGAGCCGUACGACGACCCAAGAAGCUACAAGCUAAAGUAACAUGUUUGUCGUUAAUCUGAAAAGAAAAUCAACUUUUUUUUCGGAUUCAUGAGAUUAAUCGGUUUUCAUUGCGGUUACUUUGUGGCCCCGUGGGGAAAAUGAGAGCUCAUUUGCUCCAGUUUGUGACUUUGCUGCUCGGCUGCGCUGCUGCGGCGGCGGCGGCGGGCGCGUCCGGUUGCAAAUCGUACGACGAACCCUCGAAAAGCACCGGGAAAAGCCUGGCGGCGUCCGACAGGAAGGUGGUCUGCAGCAACAUGGAGCUCCGCCAGGUGCCCCCGCCGUACUCCUUCCCAAAUCGGACUCUCACACUAAUUCUCAACAACAAUAAAAUUCAAGAACUGAAGAACGGCUCGUUUGUCGGCUUGUCUACGUUGGAGAAAUUGGACCUGCGGAAUAACCUGAUCAGCCGAAUAGAACCGGGUGCUUUCCUGGGAUUGCCAGCUCUGAAAAGACUGGAGUUGUCCAACAACAGCAUCGGCUGCCUCAAUGUCGACAUCUUCAGGGGCCUCACGAGUCUCAUCCGACUAAAUCUUACUGGGAAUCUCUUCUCUUCGUUGGCUCAAGGGACCUUUGACAGUCUCGUGUCGUUGAAGUCACUGGACUUCCAGACGCCGUAUCUGCUGUGCGACUGCAACCUGCUGUGGCUGCUGCACUGGCUCCGCGACAAGAACGUGGCGGCCAAGAGCACCAAGUGCUCGUACCCGCAGUCGCUGCAGGGCCAGCUCGUCACCGCUGUCAGGCCGGAGCUCCUCACGUGCGACGCCCCGCUGGAGCUGCCCUCCUUCCAGCUGACGCCGUCCCAGCGGCAGGUGGUCUUUCAGGGGGACAGCCUGCCCUUCCAGUGUCAGGCAUCCUUUGUAGCCGAGGAUAUGCAAGUGCUGUGGUAUCAGAACGGGCGCAUGGUGACACCUGACGCCGCCCAGGGCAUCUACAUUGAGAAACACAUGGUGCAGGACUGCUCUCUGAUUACGAGUGCGUUGACCAUCUCAAACAUCCAACCGGGCUUCACCGGGAACUGGGAGUGCCGUGUCAGGACAAGCCGAGGGAACACCACGAGGACGGUCCACAUCGUGGUGUUGGAGAGUUCCGCCAAAUACUGCGCCCCUGAACGCGUCUCCAACAACAAGGGAGACUUCCGGUGGCCGCGCACCCUGGCCGGAAUCCGAGCCUUCCUCCCCUGCAACAGAUUGCAGUCGAGCGCGGGAAGCUACUCAGGCGGAUCCGACGAGGAGCAGCGUGCUUGGCGAAACUGUAAUCGCAACGGGCUAUGGGCGGAGGAAGAUUAUUCCCACUGCCAGUUCCAAAAAGACGUCACCCGAUUCCUCUAUUUCAUCAACCAGAUGCCUGUGAACGAAAGCAACGUAGUGCCCAUGGCCCGUCGCCUCCUCGUCUACACCAUAGACGCCGCCAACUUCUCGGACAAGAUGGACAUCAUCAUCGUGGCGGAGAUGAUCGAGAAGUUCGCCAAGUUUGUGGACAAGUUUAAAGACCUCGGUGAAGUGAUGGUGAGCAUGGCCAGCAAUCUGAUGCUGGCCGACGAGCGCGUGCUGUGGAUUGCGCAGCGCGAGGCCACGGCGUGCUCCCGUAUCAUCGCCUGCCUCCAGAAGAUCGCCGCCCACCGCUUGGCCUCAGCGCAGGCCUUCUCCCUGACGUCCCCCAAUAUAGCGCUGGAGGCCCACUCGGUCAAGGCCAACGAAUGGAACGGCAUGACCUGCAUGUUGUUUCAGAGGCCCACCCCGGAACGGACCCCCGGGCAGGACCGCCAGCUCACCUUUAAAUGUAACACCACCGGCUCCUUCUCCAGCGUCCUACUAAAGAGCACCACAGUCGAGGCGUCCCUGCAGCUUCCUCAGUCGCUCUUUACCCAGGGCACACUGCUCCCCGGGCAGGGGGAGGACACGGUCUACAAGCUCCACCUGAUGGGCUUCCGCAACGGCAAGUUCUUCCCAUCUACCGGCAACUCCUCCCAACUGGCCGACGGCGGGAAGAGGAGGAACGUGGCCACUCCCGUCAUCAUGGCAAUGAUAGAUGGCAUUUCCGUGCGUAUGCUGCGGACGCCCGUCAACAUCACCCUGCGACGCUUCGCACGCGGUUCCGACGCCGUGUCCGCCUGCUGGAACUUCAGCCUGGCGGGCGGCCAGGGCGGCUGGCAGACCGACGGCUGCCGCAUCCUGGGCCACCACGACAACUUCACCACCAUCUCCUGUAACUCGCUUGGCAACUACGGACUGCUCAUGGACCUGAGCGCCGUGGACUAUUUCACUCCCAGCAUCGAGCCACUGCAUCCGGUCAUCUACGCCACCGCCAUCGUGCUCCUCUUCUGCCUGCUGACCAUCAUCGUCAGUUACGUCUACCACCACAAGUCGGUGCGCGUCAGCCGCAAGUGUUGGCAUAUGCUGGUUAACCUCUGCUUCCACGUGUCGCUCACGUGCGCCGUGUUUGUGGGCGGCAUCAAUCAAACGCGCUACGCCAGUGUGUGCCAAGCGGUGGGCAUUUUGCUGCACUACUCCACGCUGGCAACCGCCCUCUGGGUGGGCGUGACGGCACGCAAUAUUUACAAGCAAGUGACGCGCAAAGCCAAGCGCUACGAGGAACCGGACGAGCCGCCCCCGCCGCCGCGGCCGAUGCUGAGGUUCUACUUAAUCGGCGGCGGAAUACCCACUAUUGUUUGCGGCAUCACGGCGGCGGCUAACAUCAAGAACUACGGCAACCAGAUCAAUGCGCCAUACUGCUGGAUGGCGUGGGAGCCGAGCAUCGGCGCUUUCUACGGCCCGGCAGGUUUCAUCGUCUUCGUGGACUGCAUGUAUUUCCUCAGCAUCCUGCUUCAGCUGCGGCGGCAUCCGGAGCGCCGCUACGAAUUCAAGGAGCUGGCCGAGGAGCAGCAGCAUCUGGCCGGCGAGGGGGCGGCGGACGGCGCGCGCCACCCCCUUGCUCCUGGCGUCAUGUCGCGAGCCAUGCCCCUGGCGGCGCUGGAGAACGAGCACACCUUUGGCGCGCAGUUGGUGGGGGCGGCGGUGGCGUUGGGGUUAUACGCCGGCCUCUGGGUGUUCGGAGCCACGGCCGUGUCGCAGGACCACCCUUUUGAUUUGGCGUUCACCUGCCUGUUUGGUGUGGCGGCACUGGCCCUCGCCGCGUUCAUGGUGGCGCACCACUGCGUCAACAGGCAGGACAUGAGGCGCUUGUGGUCGCAGGCUUGUUGCUCCGGGAGACGCAGCUACUCGGCGCAGGACGACGCUCUGCUGCCGCGGCCCGGCGUUGCCACGGCGUCCGCGGCCGGCUCGGCCAAGACGGACGCCGAGUCGAACAAGGGCGCCCGCAGCAGCAGCAGCAGCGCCGACUCCUCCUACACUGACAAAAGCGCGCCCGCCGUGCGCAGCUCGGCGCACGGCAGCAAGCUAACCAAUCUGCACGCGGAGGCCGCCCAGUGCAAGCCUUCCUCCGCCUCCGCCCCGGUGAUGGCUGUUUUGGACAACAGCCUGACGGAGCAUUCGGUGGACAAUGAAAUCAAAAUGCACGUGGCGCCAGUGGAGGUGCAGUUCCGCCCCGUGGAAGACAAUCCCGCCGCCGGCAGGCCCCACAAGAAUCGAUCCCGCGCUCACCGGGCCAGCCGCCUGACGGUGCUGCGGGAGUACGCUUACGACGUGCCCACCAGCGUGGACGGCAGCGUCCGGAGCGCCCCCAGCAGGCGGCACCACUAUUACGACGUGGCGGCACGCAACAGCCGCCGCGCCGCCUACAUGGCCUACAGGGAGCGCCACCGCAGCCAGCUGCAGCACGACAGCAGCGACAGCGCCAGCCUGCCGCGGCGCUCUCGCAAGGCGGGCGAGAUGGGGGUGCCGCCCGCCGAGUCCGAAGACGCCGGUGCCGCCGAGCCGUUCGGCAGCGGCGAACUGGAAACCAAAUCGUACGGGCUCAACCUUAUCACGCAAAACGGCGGUGCGCUCAAAGAAAACGGACAAGCGUUUCCACUCAUUAGCGCAGGUGAGAGCGCCCCUUGUAUCAAAACUGGCUUGUGGAAACAUGAAACUACCGUGUAGGGACACUUUCCAUCCGGAAUACACUUGUCACUGUGAAAUGCCGUUUUGUUGGUGGUGUUUUUUUUUUUUUUUAUAUUAUUCACAAUUUAUGUAAUGUUCGGAAGAAGUGCCACUCAUCUGCUUUUUAUAAAUGUUCUAUUUUUAUAAGAGACAUGAUGUCGCCACUCUGUUCAUAACAACAACAUCAGCAGUAAUAAUAAAAAUAAAAAAAAAGUGCAAAACAUCAAA